UCUAAGUUGCUGACAUUUUCAACCACCUCAGCAUGCACAUGUCGAUCAUGAAAGCAACGUGCUAACCGUCGUCACCCAAAUAGAAGCGAUGUGCAGCAUGGGUCAGCGAAUAUUCUAUGUGUCAGAGUCGCGAGGGAAAGACACGUACACGCUGGAAGAGGCACAGAAGGAAGCCACCCCUUGGCAGUCCCUCACCUUUGUCAAUCAGCUUUUCAAUGGGCAUAACCCAUCCUUAGGCUCUGGGGACACAAUCCUCUUUGAAAGGGGUGACACAUUCAGAGGUAGCCUGAACUUGUGUAAUCGAAUGGACCCUCUGGUCAAUAUAAGGUUGAGUAAUUUUGGGAAUCCUGACCUGCCGAGGCCAGUGAUCAGUGGGGCUAUCCGGGUGGAUGGGCCAUUUAGGGAUGCUUGGGACGGUGGAGUCAACGGUAGCCGCCUUAAAGAAGUAUCUUUGAGAGAGGAUGCUGCUUUCCGGCUAAUAGCAGGAGAGGAUCCUGAUUAUUCCGACUCAACAGAUCAACCGCCAAGUCAACCAGGACCUCCGGUUUACGCAGCAUUCCUGAAUGGCGUGCGACAAAAUAAUGCCCGAAGUCCUAACUUAAUCCCGGUCCCAGGGAGUGAAAUUCCUGGAGAACCGUUGACCGGAGUGUUCUUCAGAUUCGCGGCGUGUCGUUUACAACCACUUGAGUUCUAUGUCAAGGAGGUAGAAUUUGCGAAUCGGACAGUGGGGUACUGGAAAGGUGGCCAGAUUGUGUUUCGCAGCUCACCAUCAUCUUACAGUCGCGGCAUUAUCACAGGCUUCAUGCCACCGAGAUGGGGCCGCUUUGGCUUGGAUGAAGCAGUUGUGAAGGUGUAUGGUGGAGUUGAGGGCCCUUUGCCUCAUCCUUACCUUUGCUCGCAAGGAGGAGGGUUCUUUGUGCAGAAUGUUAGCCGUGAGUUGGAUGCUCCUGGAGAAUGGUUUUACGACCCUAUGUAUACUACAAUCAGAAUUAUGCCCCCGACAGCCUCAGUUGCCACCUCAAUGUUGUUGUUUGAUGAGGACAACAAGAAGGAGGCCGGGGAGCAGGACCAGGAGGAGGAGGAGGAAGGAACAACAAGGGGUGGCGGAGGAGUCCUCGAGCUUGUGGUGUACGAGCAUGGGAUCUGCGUAUCGAAAGUGGAUGGACUUGCUAUUGAUGGCUUGCGAAUAGAGAAGUACGCCAAAUCAGGAGUCGCAACCACAAGUGAAAUGAGUGCGGCACACCUCUACGUGGUUGACACUGAGGUAGAGGACGUGGAUCAUGCGUGCGUGUCGCUGAAAGCAACCAGUUCAGUCAUUGAGAGGUGCACCCUUGCAAGAUGUGGGAUGUAUGGGGUCCUGAUUGAAGGAGAGGGAAACAAUAUUCGUCGUAGCUUGAUCAAGGAUGUAGGGAGGGUCCGCGGCUUGUUGGUGGGUGGCCCUGCGGGGGUGUCCAGUGGGAAACAAUCCACAAUGGGCACUGUGGUGGAGCAGAACAUAAUAUGGAGAAUGGGAGGGUGGGCGCUUCAAGAUCUAGACCAUGGAGGUGAUGUGCACGGGAACUUCAUUCGGGACAUGUUCAUGGUGGUCUCUACACACCAUCCUAUGGCCUUUGGUGAGGACAUCUCAAGGUCGAAGGACAGUACCGGUGCAAUGAGCCAGACCGGAGGAGUGUCGGCGAGGGGACGCAUCGAGCUGUACAACAACAUCAUCAUGCGGUCCUUUGGAAACGACGAUAGUCUGGACAUGAGGAUGGGCAAGAAGAAGCGUCCUCAAGUGCAUGUGCAUGCAAGUCAGUACAGAGCGACUUGUGUCUUCCUUGAUGUUGCCGGAAGCAACUCCAGUCUCCAAAACAACACCAUAGCGCAUUGUGGAAGGGGAGGAAUUGUUGUAGAUGGCGCAGGGUGGACGAGGAUGCUAGGAAACGUGUUCUUUGAUGCCGGAGAGCCCAACGUGCAGUACAAUCCCGCCCGUACAGACUCCGUUGGCUUCUGGAACAGCUUCGAGGGCAAUCAACUCUACCUCCCUGCCGAUCUCUCAUGGGCACCGAUUGUGGCACAGAACCACCCACAGCAACCGCCAUUGCAAGCAAGUGGGUCAUCAUCCCACCUGUUGGGCUUAAUCUUCAGAAAGAACAUUCUAUGCAGCCCGUACAUCCCUAAUGGUGCUACAGCCUUCUUGAAAUCCCUUGGCCGUCAGCAGAUGGGCAAUCGGGAGUGUCAGCUUCGCCACAAAUCUCCAGUGGACUUCGAUCGCCUCGGCAAGAAUCUCAUUGGCCUAGAUUACACCGGUCGAGCCACAGACACCAUGCUCAUCUGGACUGUCAGGCCGGACGAUGUCAAAAAGACCUUCGUCAUAGCCAGCCCCGUGUGCCCUGACUCGUGCCUCAAGUUGGAGCCAUCACGGAUAAACUCUGCGAUUGUGAUGCACGUCAUUGCGGUAAAUGGAACUCUAUUUUCACCAGACACUCAGUAUCUGGCCCGUUUCGAAGUUGCAUCGUCAGCUAGUGUUGGAUGGAUUGGUGUGAAGGCUGGGAGUGAUCAGGUCUAUCAAGCAAGUCCGUACGAAAACGAUUACACAGAUGUGCAGCAUUUCCACUGGCAAAAUGGCAGUUUCGAGGCGGUGUCGAUAGAACUAAUGAUUCCGAUGAAUGCAACGGUCUAUAUCCGGCGAGCAGCGGUGCACGAGGUACGGACAAAGGCAUUCCAUCCUCCCCAAGACCGUCUGCUUGUGAAUGCUCUGGGAGAGAUGGUAGAUGUCGGGCUAGCUGCAGGAGAACGGAGUUUCAAUGUGACGGGCCAGUUAGUUGGAUCCCGGCUAAGGGUGCAGCCAUGGAGUUCUGUCAUUCUCUUCACUGAACUUAUUAACGGGAACACGACAAUUACUGCAGGUAACUCAGAGUCCAUCUCUUCCAUAACGCAGACAAAGGACGACCCCUCCACGUCUAAUGAGGAAGGUGUACGUUUUCUGGAUAUCGUGCCGAUCAUUGACGCUCUUCAGCUGCCAGUCUUCGCUUCAGAACCCCCACCUCCUCUCUCACAGCAGCAGGCAAUUCUGGCGAACACUGUUUCUAUUCCUAACCCUCUCUAUCCAGCUGAAAACGUGUCUGAGGCUGAGACACCCAGUAAUGGAACGGGUACAGAGUCCUCUUUAUCUCAGACGCGUGGAAGUCGUCAUCGUCCUUCUCCUCCAAGCCCAAGAAUUUCUGAGGAAGAGGUCACUGCCAACUCCCCUUCGCUCUCUCCUUCUCCCCCUGCCUCUCCCUCUCCCUUUCUCCCUCCACCUCCCUCUCCCUUUCUCCCUCCACCUCCCUCUCCCGUUCCCUCUCUCUCUCUCUCACCCGCUACCCUGGCCUCUUUGAGUGACUCCUCGGUCACACAAGACUUGUCUGUCUCUUCUGGAAAUGAAACGGUUCUUCCUUCACCAUCCCCUAAUCCAAGCAACCGAUCUCCAGCUUCUUCCCUGCCUCUUCCAGGUCUCCUCCAUGUCGACAACAUGUCAUUGGGUAAUUAUCCCGACGCUGUUGCAGCAGAUGUGUCCCCGUCUCCCAUUCCAUGGACUGGGCCUUUUCCGCUACCAGUGGGUGGAGGGGGAAAUCCCCCUGCUACAAAAAACUCCUUGCUGGUUGAGGAGUCGGUUGCCAUUGGCGCCAUGACAACGAACGACUCUUGGCUCUCAGCUGCAGAAAAGUUCUCUCUUCCUCCAGGUGGUUCUCCUGGCCACCCUAGGCAUCCCCAUUCUUCCUCUCCUGAAUCACCUCCUGAUUCAUCAGCUUCUUCUUCCAAGUAUUCCUCCCUGAAUUCAACCCCGAAUACCCUUCCUAUUUCCUCUGCCCCGGGCAUUUCUCCUCAUCGAUCCAGCUCUCGGUAUCCCAUUCUCCGAGAUCUACUUUUGGGGGAUGAUCAGUUUGCACCAGAGCCUGCAGCUGGAGAUUCUGCCUCUGAUCAAGCCCCGUCUCAAGUUCUGUCCAGGCCCGAGUUCGAGUCGAAGCUCGAGGUGCAUCGAGUUGAACGUCAUCUUUGGCUAUCAAAGACGGAGUCAAUUUUGCAUCUUCCUCGUCGCUCAGCUGGGGAGGAAGCGGAUGGUGUCUAUUCAGUUUCUGACAAGUCAAUGGCAACUGCUUCGGCCCUAUUGUCUACCGUGGUUCCACAAAGCGUCUCCCCAGAAUCGUCAGCAGUUGCAGAUGCCCAGCUUCCUCUUUCUGCGACUGACACUUUGCCUCCUUUUGUGUUCUUCUCCGUGAGGACCGUCUCCCUGGAUAAGCCAUCUUUAUCGAACCGUGUCAGUGACCUGCAGGUUGCACAGACGGCACAACUUUCUCCCGGUAAUGACACUGGUACUGGCACUGGUACUGGCACUGGUACUGGCACUGAUACUGGCACUGAUACUGGCACUGGUACUGGCACUGGUACUGGCACUGAGGCGAACCAUCCAGACACUGGCGACAGAGGCUUUACUGUGUCGCUCGUAACGACACGAUAUGUUGAGAAGAAGGGCAAAGGCUAUAGAGUAAAGAUGACAUGUGGCGCUCAGAUCAGGGUUUGAGCUAAUGAUCUGUUUUUUCAACCGAAAAAAUGUGCUGCAUGAUCCCUUGAUCGUGUUGCUCGUAACGACUCGAUAUAUGUUGAGAGGAAGGGUAAAGGAUGUUGCCACAAUAGAGUAAAGAAUCUGAUGGCAUGUGGCGCUUAGAUCAGGGUUUCAGCUCAUGAUCUCUUUUGCAUGAUCUCUUCAUCGUGUUCCUCGUAAUGGCACGAUAUGUCGAGAGGAAGGGUAAAGGCUGUUGUCACAAUAGAGUGAAGAUGACAUGUGGCGCUCGGAUGGGUCUAUUUUAUCAACAGAGAAAUGCGCUGCAUGAUCUCUUUGUCGUGUUGCUGGUAAGGGCACGAUAUGUUGAGAGGAAGAGUAAAGGCUGUUGUUACAAUAGAGUAAAGAUGACAUGUGGCGUUCGGAUCGGGGUUUGAACUCGUGGUCUAUUUUAUCAACAGAGAAAUGUACUGCAUGAUCUCUUUGUCGUGUUGCUCGUUAAGACACAACAAGAUGUUGAGAGGAAGGGUAAAGGGAUGUUGUCACAAUACCGUAAAGAUGACAUGUGGCGUUUGGAUCGGGGUUUGAACACGUGGUCUAUUUUAUAACCAGAGAAAUGUGCUGCAUGAUCUGUUCUAAAGUUUUAUUCUCUUGCUCGUAACGACAUUUCACUUGCCGACAAAACUAUGGUGUAUGCGACUUGGAUCUUUAAGAUGUUUUUGAGGGGGUAAAGGCUGUUUGAUAUUGGAAAAGAAGCCGCAAGCUGAACUCUUUCGGAAGCCAUGACUGGGCAUAACAAAGAGCAAGCAAGCACUGAGAUCACCCGCGAGUUGCACGAGUUCUUUUGCCUGAUUUAUGUCUGAUUAUUCAAUUCCUAGCUUGGUGAAGUGAAGUGAAUGCAAGAAGGGAUUCAGUGCCUGCCUGUCCAAAUUUCGUAGGGACCUUGCUGGCAUAGAAGUCGUCGCCGGAAACGUGAAGGUGAUGAUGGAUGGAUCUUACAGAGUUUCCUUACACCGAACUCACCGUCUCUUGUCACAAUAGCGGGAAGUUGACACGUGGCACUUUGAUCAGGGUUUGAACACAUGAUCUGUUUUAUCGACAAGGCAAAAUUUGCUACGUCUGAGUCAAUUCAGCCACAAAGGUGAAUGGUAUAGAGAGGGGAUGUGCGCAUCUUAGGGGCAGGCACAUUGGUAGUAUGUUCAUGCUUGGAAAGCGCGAAUCGGGUUGUAAUAGUGGCCAGGUUCUUGCUUGCAUAGCAUUGAAAAUGACACCCUAGAUAGGGUAGGUACCUUGGAAACGCCGGCAAGUCUUUUUUUGUUUUGUUUUUUUUGGUUAGGAUUAGCUCUGCUAAACACUC